GUCAGUUCUAGUUGAUUACGUUAUUAGUUUGCGAUCUUUAGCUCAGUGUGAUAUCAAAACAUCAAUAUGUUCAGGAAUUUAUUCGGCAAAAUUUUAAGGCAUGACUUGAUAGUUCCGUCACCAAAAAGGAAUAUUUCCUUGAUUCCAAUGGUUAUUGAACAGACGGGUAGAGGCGAACGCGCAUACGACAUAUUCUCAAGAUUAUUAAAAGAGCGUAUUGUGUGCGUAAUGGGACCAAUACAUGACGAUUUGAGCUCUUUGGUGGUUGCGCAACUACUGUUUUUACAAUCGGAAAAUUUCUCAAAACCGAUACAUAUGUACAUUAAUUCUCCAGGUGGAGUUGUAACUGCGGGAUUAGCCAUAUACGACACAAUGCAAUACGUCAAACCACCAAUUUCUACAUGGUGUGUGGGUCAAGCGUGUUCUAUGGGAUCAUUGCUUUUAGCGGCUGGAACCUCAGGAAUGAGAUAUUCUCUACCUAAUGCUCGAAUCAUGAUACAUCAACCUUCUGGUGGAGCUCAGGGACAAGCGACGGACAUUCAAAUUCAAGCGGAAGAAAUAAUAAAGCUAAAGAAGCAGCUUAUAAAUAUAUAUGCAAAACACACAAAACAGAGCUUUGACACACUUCAACAAAGUAUGGAACGUGAUAACUUUAUGGCACCUGAAGAAGCGAAAAAAAUGGGUAUGAUUGACCAUGUUCUCGAACAUCCUCCUCAAACGGAAAAUGAUGAAGUAGCCAAAAACCAAAAGCUACUUAGAGAAAACGAAGUUGCGGAAAAUGCAGGUCGUUAAGUUUUAAUAAGGAUAUUCUCAAGCCAACCUAAUCUUUGAAUAUAAUCGAGAAACCCCUUUUUGUUAAAUAGCAAAAAAGUCUUUCAAAGGAAAAGCGAAUUUAAAGACGGUGAAACUGUCUCACCAGCUAAAUAUUAUUUUUAUCAAUUCGCUAAGUGAACGAAAAAUUGUUCGGUCGAUAUUGCUACCACAGCAGCAAUAUUAGAUUUUGAUACUAAUAAUAAAUACUGAGGUUUUUGGAAUAUGAAA